AUGGGAGCCGAGUAUCUAGACGCAGUGGAGCAAGCGGAACCGAGUAUCUCCGUCUCCGCAGUGGAGCAAGCGGAAGCAGCAGUUGAUGCACCUGUGGAUGAGCCAGGCAACCCUCCAUUCAUUUUCAUCUCCUCUCACCCCAUGCAACCCAGCAGGCUCCAUGGGAGCAGAGCAGAGUAUCUAGGCGCAGUGGAGCAAGCGGAACCGAGUUUCUACGCCUCAAAUUCACCCCUUCCACUCGUGAUCUCCUCUCACCCCAUGCAACCCAGCAGACACCACACCAUGGGAGCGGAGUAUCUAGGCGCAGGGGAACGAGCGGAAGCAGCAGUAGAAGUUUCUGUGGAUGAAACGCAGGGGAACGAGCGGAAGCAGCAGCCGGUGUGCCUGCGGUUGAGCUUUGAAGACGCCUCAUACCCGUCCCUUCCACCCCUUAUCCUCUCCUCUCUUUCCUCAUACAACCCAGCAGACAUCAUGGGAGCAGAGUAUCUAGACGCAGGGGAGCGAGCGGAAGCAGCAGUGGAUGUGCCUGUGGCAGGCGCCAUGGGAGCGGAGUAUCUAGACGCAGGGGAACGAGCGGAACCAGCAGUAGAAGUUUCUGUGGAUGAGCGUCUGUCAGCAGAGCCAGCCGCUGAGGCGCGCACGCCAAUGACUCUGGAGCGGUACCGCGCGUGGAAGGCGAGGAAGGUGAGCUUGUAUGUGUAUGGGGACCUACUAGGGGACCUGCUAGCAGAGCCAGCCGCUGAGGGGCGCACGCCAAUGACUCUGGAGCAGUACCGUGAAUGGAAGGCGAGGAAGGUGAGCUUGUAUGUGUAUGGGGACCUACUAGGGGACCUGCUAGCAGAGCCAGCCGCUGAGGGGCGCACGCCAAUGACUCUGGAGCAGUACCGUGAAUGGAAGGCGAGGAAGGUGAGCUUGUAUGUGUAUGGGGACCUACUAGGGGACCUGCUAGCAGAGCCAGCCGCUGAGGGGCGCACGCCAAUGACUCGGGAGCAGUACCGUGAUGGAAGGCGAGGAAGGAAGGUGAGCUUGUAUGUGUAUGGGGACCUACUAGGGGACCUGCUAGCAGAGCCAGCCGCUGAGGGGCGCACACCAAUGACUCUGGAGCAAUACCGCGCGUGGAAGGCGAGGAAGGUGAGCUUGUAUGUGUAUGGGGACCUACUAGGGGACCUGCUAGCAGAGCCAGCCGCUGAGGGGCGCACGCCAAUGACUCUGGAGCAGUACCGUGAAUGGAAGGCGAGGAAGGUGAGCUUGUAUGUGUAUGGGGACCUACUAGGGGACCUGCUAGCAGAGCCAGCCGCUGAGGGGCGCACGCCAAUGACUCUGGAGCAGUACCGUGAAUGGAAGGCGAGGAAGGUGAGCUUGUAUGUGUAUGGGGACCUACUAGGGGACCUGCUAGCAGAGCCAGCCGCUGAGGGGCGCACGCCAAUGACUCUGGAGCAGUACCGUGAAUGGAAGGCGAGGAAGGUGAGCUUGUAUGUGUAUGGGGACCUACUAGGGGACCUGCUAGCAGAGCCAGCCGCUGAGGGGCGCACGCCAAUGACUCGGGAGCAGUACCGUGAUGGAAGGCGAGGAAGGAAGGUGAGCUUGUAUGUGUAUGGGGACCUACUAGGGGACCUGCUAGCAGAGCCAGCCGCUGAGGGGCGCACACCAAUGACUCUGGAGCAAUACCGCGCGUGGAAGGCGAGGAAGGUGAGCUUGUAUGUGUAUGGGGACCUACUAGGGGACCUGCUAGCAGAGCCAGCCGCUGAGGGGCGCACACCAAUGACUCUGGAGCAAUACCGCGCGUGGAAGGCGAGGAAGGUGAGCUUGUAUGUGUAUGGGGACCUACUAGGGGACCUGCUAGCAGAGCCAGCCGCUGAGGGGCGCACACCAAUGACUCUGGAGCAAUACCGCGCGUGGAAGGCGAGGAAGGUGAGCUUGUAUGUGUAUGGGGACCUACUAGGGGACCUGCUAGCAGAGCCAGCCGCUGAGGGGCGCACACCAAUGACUCUGGAGCAAUACCGCGCGUGGAAGGCGAGGAAGGCCGGGUUAGAGUCUCAUCUGCCAGGGGAGCCAGCCGCUGAGAGACGCACGCCAAUGACUCUGGAGCAGUACCGUGAAUGGAAGGCCAGGAAGACGAGGGAGCAGGCGAUGGCAGAGUUCAAGAAGAACCCACAUGACGCCGAUAAUCUGACCAAGCUCGGCCGAACGCUGGUGGAGCUGGCGCAAUUCAUUCAGGGGCAGGAGUCGAAUGAGAUGCUGGAUGAUGCUGUCUCGAAAUUUGACGAAGCUCUCAAGAUCGCCCCAUCUCGCCCGGACACGCUGUGGUGGCUCGGCAACGCGCACACCACGAGGGGCUUUCAGACACCUGACGCUACUCUUGCAAACGUCAGCUUUGAAAAGGCCUCCGACUGCUUCAGGAAGGCGCUGGAUGCGGACCCGAGCAACGACGCCUACCGCAAGUCACUGGAGAUCUCUCUGAAGGGCCCGGAGUUGCAUCAAGAGGUGCAGAAGCAGAUGGCACUACAGCAGGCGCUGGGAGCGGCAGUGCAUCCAUCGUCCAUGGAUGCUCCCAAGGUCCAGAAGAAAAAGAAGAGCAGCGAUCUGUUGUAUGACGUGGCAGGGUGGGUGAUUCUGAGUGUGGGUGUGGUGGCCUGGCUCAGCAUUCUCAGUGCGCGGGCGCCACCUCCUGCUGCUGCCAAGUAG